AUGCUCUUGGAAUGUUUUACGCUCGAUGCGACUGAAGAUGGUUUACAGAUUGUUGUAAAGGUACGUACUCGCUUCGGAACAUUAAAAAAUUAUUUGUCAAAUGCACCGAUGACUUACAACAGCUGGAACCAAAUCGUGCUGGUAUUCAAUGGCAGCGCCCUGGAACUUUUUGUAAAUUGCACCCCAGUUCUGCAAGCCAACAAUCCGGAUCCCGAUUUCCCGUACGAUUGA